AUGCCUUCUUCACCCUCAAGAGCCCCCUCGGGGGCGAAAAAGCGUCAUGAAAAGAGCUCUAAGAAGAGCAAAAUAACAAAGCGCGAGUCACACAAAUUGCCCAAGUCCACAGCGCCUGUGAUAAAGGCCGAGACAGACGAGAACGGCGAAACUCAAUCCGCUUCGAAUCCGAAUCGAGGAAUCUUUGAGCGUUUCAUGCGACAAGAAGUUGGUGAGCCUUCACGAGAAGAGCGAGUCGUCCCCAACAACAACCUCGAUCACGACGACCGAGGGGCGACGAAAUCUGAGGUCGCAAAGACAGUUACGCAACAAAUUGUCUGCUCAAACACAGCUGGUAGCACACAGCCUGCUCCACCAGAGAACUACCAGAAUAAAUCUGAUGUGGCUAAAGCCUCAAACAAUUCAGACGCAAUUGUUAAAAUAGAGGGUAAUCUUCCGCAAAGAAUGAAAGAUAUUCCUAGCAGUGUUCAAGAACCAAUCGACAAGAUCAGCCAAACAGAGAGUAUUAGCCAAGUUGAACUGCAAAAUGAUGGCGAUGUUGCAGUUCCACAGUCAACAACUAAGCAUGACACGGGAAAUCUUCAGCAGGUUCAGAACAACGACGAUUCGCCAAGAGAGCUUCCUAAGCAGGACGAACAUAGCAAAGUCAAAAGUGAGAAACCAAUCCAAGAUGGAACCUCGGAAGGGGAUGCUGCAACAUCAAAGUGUGAUGAGAUGACCGAUGUUGAUCCAUCCACCAUCUCUGCUGACCCCAUUGCGACUCCGGAGAAAUCUCACAAGAAGAGCGGAAAGAAGCGCAAGCACAAGCAUUCCCGCAAACGAUCUAAAUCUCGCGAUCGUUCAAAAUCACACAAAAGAAGAAAAGGAUCAGAGACAUUUGUCCCCAAUCAUCAACGAGAUGAUUGCGAAAGCAGUGGUGAUGAGGAACAGUCGCAAAACGAGUUCGAUGUCGAGCAAGCAAGGGCAAGGAUCCCCAAAGGGUGUAGCGUCCGGCAUGAAGGAGAACAGAAGGAAGAGCUGAGAGAUGGUAAAAGGAUUGCCAAUCAAAAGAAGUUUACAAAGAUGUUCAGAUCUGACCUCAAGGAUCACCAGCUGACCACUUUGUCUUGGAUGGUAAACAGGGAGAAAGAUACGACGCGAACAGUUGAUGGGGGCAUAAUAGCUCACGAUAUGGGAAUGGGCAAAACGGUUACGAGCUUGGCAUGCAUUGCAGCUAAUAGGCCACCCAAGAAGGAUCGAAAGAUAUCCGCUCAGGCGACACUUGUUAUUGUGCCCAACAGAACAGUUGCCAAGCAGUGGCUAACGGAAGCCAAGAAACAUUGGUAUGAAGAGGCAAGCUCGCUUGUAACCAUCCAUACUGGGAACGAUGAUGACCACCUUUUGGCGCAAUAUGAGAGGCAAUGGAUCGUUCUUGCAACAUAUCCUCAAGUGCGAAAUUCCUUUCCGAGUCAAGUGGUUAUGGAUUACCUACAUGCUCAAUAUGCAGAUGACCAGCGUUUGCUUAAGCAAGAGUUCAAAAAGCGAGCAAAGUUCUUGUUCCGUAUCAACUGGUUCAGGGUAAUUUUAGAUGAGGGUCAUGCAGCUACGAAGUGGAACGGACGCACCUUGGAUGCAUGUACUCGGAUACAGGCGAAGCACCGGUGGGUCUUGAGCGGCACUCCUAUUCAGAACAAGCCAAUAGAGUUUUAUUCGUAUGCGACUUUAGUCUGCUGCGAGUACCGAGGCACCCGACGAGUGUUCAGAAAUGACUACAUUGUCAAGGAUGCGACAAAUGCCGACUUUGACUCUCUCGCCAGCACUCUCAUGUAUCGGGGAACUGCAGAAGGGAAGCUCAACAUUCCACCGACAACUCGCCGAGAGGUAUAUAUUGAAGUUUCGCAAGAAGAGCAAAUGAUAUGCAAGUACGCUCAACAGAAGAAGCACGAGAGAGAUAAAGAGCGAGCGGGAAUGCCCAUAUUUGAAAACGAACAAGACGAAGAUGAGGUGGAAGAUAUUAAGCCAGAAGAAGAUGAUGAAGAGGAAGAAGAAGGCGUGGUGAAAAAGGACAAGAAGUCCAAAAUCCAAGCGUCAGCCCAUUUGCGUCUCAGGCAGGCUCUGUCUCAUCCAUACUGCCUAGAGAGGUUUUUUAUGGGGAACUAUCUCAGUGAAGAUGAACUCAAGUCACUGGCUUCGGACUUGAAUUCAAUGAGCGACAAGAAGACUGUGAUUGAGCAGCUCGAAGCGGAUGAAAAUUGGGCAGAACAUCUCGGCCAAUACCAAAAAGGCCUUGAUAUACUCAAGUCUCGUGAGGAAGCGUUUCUAGGCGGGAUUUUCGAUAUGAACAAGCUCAUGGAUCUCGUGAUUCUCCAACGCACAGUCAAUGUACAGAAGUGUGGCGGCGCUGCUUGCAAAUCUCAGAUUCUCUCUCGUUUCAAGUGUGGCCAUAUGUACUGCGAACAAUGCUUCGGCCGGUUAAUGAUGCGGAGGAGCAGCAUGCCGGAAGCAGAGCGAUCAGGCCAAAUGAAAUGCCCCACUGAUGGUUGUGGUCAAGACCUCUCGUUUGUAGAGCAAGUGACUACUCUGGUACAGCUCGCCUCCAUGGCGAACCAGGACAAGGGUUAUGUGGAGAUUGGAAGAGAUUGGCUCAAAAAUACAGUCCAGGCGAGACAAGAGCGAUCUCUGUUUUUUAUUGCCAGCUCCUGCUUCUACGGCCCACGGAUUGUCCCUCCACCGAGUUCGAGGCUCACAGCGACGAUGGCCGUCGUUAUGACUUGGCUGACCGAGGCACCCCAAGACAAAAUCAUCAUUUUCACGCAAUUUGUUACGACGCUCAAGAUGGUGGGCUAUCAGCUCGAGACUCUGGGUGUUAAAUUUGUGUACUAUUGCGGCACGUCGCCGAAGCAGCAGCAGGAACACUCAAUGCAUGCGUUCCAUAAUGAUCCAGAGACGCUGGUCAUGGUCUCUACCUUGAAGAGCGGCGGCCAGUCGCACAACCUCACUGUGGCGAACCGCGUCAUAAUCGUCGACCUUUGGUGGAACAAGGAGGCCGAGAAGCAGGCCAUCGGCCGCGUGGUCCGGAUAGGCCAGAAGAAAGAGACAUUUUCGGUGCGCAUUGUCACGAAGCACGGUAUGGAUGAUCGUGUUAUCAAAGUUCAGACGGGUAAGGAGGCAAUGGUGGCCCGAAUAUUGCAGGACGACGGACACGAGCGAAUAGAGGUUGACGAUGAGCGCCUCGAACAGAUCUUUGAGCGAAAAGAAGGCGAAGAAUCAAGGAAGAGAAAACGAAAGAGAAGAGAAGAUCCGUUUGAAUCGAGAGGGGGCGAUGGUAUGGCAUUUUAA